AUGGACAUGUUAGGACCUCUUCCAUCUGGAGAAUCGAUUCUGGUUCUGAUUGAUUUAUACAGUCGCUUUAGAAUUACCGAAGUUGUGAUGAAGACAACAACAGAGGAUAUCAUCGAAAAACUGAAGCAAAAUUUUCUCAGGAUGGGAAUUCCCACCAUCUUAAUAUCAGACAACGCAAGAAACUUCUCUAGUCAGAAGAUGCAAAACUUCUGCACACAAUUUGGAAUUCAACUAACACAUACAACACCAUAUUGGCCUCAAGCCAACGGCGAAGUGGAGAGACAGAACCGCUCCAUUCUAAAAGCUUUAAGAAUUGCAGAGGUCAACGGCACUGACUGGAAGGACGAUCUACAAGAAGCAAACUAUGUCUAUUCAAUCAUACAACAUCCAGCUACUGGUCGUACCCCAGCUGAAUUAGUUUUCGGUAGACGGUUGCGUGACUGGAUACCAGAGGUUGAACAUUUCACAAACGGUGAACACGAGGAAAUAAUGGACUAUAAUAAGAUCUAUCGGUACAGGAGCAAGGGAAGAUACGAUUUAGCGCAUGGUUGCAAGGAUUCCAGUCUCGAGCCAAACGAUCGGGUAUUGAUGAGGAACUUGAUGCCUCAGAACAAGCUAGCGCCUCUCUACAAUCCAAUACCUGCAACAGUAAUUGAGAAGCAAGGCAACAGUGUGAUAAUCGAAACCGAGGAUGGUAAGAGGUUCAAGAGAAAUUCAGCACACUUGAAAAAACUAUCGACGUCCGGUGAACUGGAACAGCAGCAGCCGAGCGAUGGGUCGACUACAGAUUGGGGUACUCCAUCCUCACCAGCUGCGGGGUCAAGUACACCAAUAGUGGCAGCGGAGCAGAUCGACGGGGCCGAUAACCGUGGUAGACCAAGGCGUGAUAAAAAGCGUCCAUUGCGGUUUGAUGAUUUCGAAGUUGACAUUUGA